UAUUUCUCAAAAUUUUCUCUCCCCACUCACAUCAUCGUUAACAUUUUCGCCGCAGGCAAAGAAACACAGUUGCCGCGACGGUGCUUCUCUGUAUCGUCAGAUGUCAUGGAUGAACUGGAAAUGCUGCUUACAACGGCAGCGAGUCAUGCAGAGUUUGCUCAACAAUACGAAAAGGUACUUGUCAAAUUAUCGGGUAGCUGCUAAUGCCUUCGAGAUGUCUGCAAAACACGGCGAAUUGAGGGUUUUCAUUGUCGCCGGAGAAGUCUCCGGCGAUACCAUCGCUUCUCGUCUCAUGGCAUCUCUGAGGACGCUUUCUCCUGUUCCUGUUAAUUUCUCUGGCGUCGGAGGCCCCAUGAUGUCCAAGCAAGGGCUUAAGUCUCUAUUCCUCAUGGAGGAUAUUGCAGUAAUGGGAAUAUGGGAGUUAUUUUCUCAUCUAAAGAGUAUUAGAGAAAAGCUCAAGAGGACCGUUGAGGCUGCUAUUGUGUUUGAACCUCAUGUCAUUGUAACAGUUGACUCUAAAGGGUUCUCUUUUCGUCUACUAAAGCAGAUUCGUGCUAGAUACAGACGCCAUAAAAUGGAUGGUCCACUACAUUUUCAUUAUGUAGCACCAUCGUUCUGGGCUUGGAAAGGAGGCGAAGAAAGGCUUAAAGGUCUCGUUGAAUUUGUUGACCACAUUUUAUGCAUACUUCCUAAUGAAGAAGAAGUUUGCAAAUCAAACAGAUUGGCUGCGACCUUUGUGGGGCACCCCAUUCUAGAGGAUGCGUUAGACCUCAAUGUGGGGAAGGAUGCCUCGUUAGAGUUGAAAAUACAAGGAAGUUGCAAAGAAUUUCUAAUUAAAAAUAACAUUUCUGAUGAUGCAACAAUCAUUUCCCUGCUUCCUGGAAGUAGGUUACAGGAAGUCAGCCGAAUGAUUCCAAUCUAUAUAAGUACUAUGGAGUUGUUGAAAGAAUCCUUCCCAGAGCUGAUAACAAUCAUUCACGUUGCUCCUAAUCAGCAUGUACAAGACUAUAUAAAUGGAGUCCUUCAUAAGUGGCCUGUGCCUGCCAUAUUGGUUGCUGGAGGAUCACCUCAAGCAAAAUAUGGUGCAUUCAGUGCAAGCAAGGUUGCUUUGUGUACUUCUGGUACAGUUGUUACCGAGUUGCAGCUUGCUCGUUUACCUUGUGUAGUUGCUUACAGAGCUCAUUUCUUAACCGAAUGGUUCAUUCGACGCAAGGCGAAAGUAUCAUACAUCUCCCUUCCAAAUAUUCUCCUAAACUCACCUGUUAUUCCAGAGGCACUGUUUCAAGACUGCACUCCAGCAAAGCUACAUUCGAUGCUCAAGGAAAUAAUAAGUAACAAUGGCCUACGCAACAAACAGGUCGUCGCAGCUGAAGAGGUUCUUAAACUGCUGUCAUCUUCAAAAGACAAUAUGAAGUUCUUGGCAAAGGAGGGUUUAAAAUGCACAUCUUCAAUCUGCACACCCAGCGUGAUAGCGGCAUCUGCCAUACUGUUCUAUAAGAAGAUUCCAGAAUCAAUUUUGUAACGUGAUGCUUUUAUUGUGAACCAUUGAUAGGUUGUUGGAAUUUUAUGUUCGGAAAGCAUUUCAAUGAAAAACAAACCAUUGAUGAUGA